AUGGACGAGCACCUUAUGUUAUUGAAGCAGUUUGUGUCCAAUGUUAGGGCCAAUACAGAUCUUCUACAUAACCCAUCACUUUCAUUCUUUCGCGAAUUCCUUGAAGAGCUUGGAGCAAAAAUUCCUCCGAUGAAAAAAGAGAUGAAUGCUGAAGGCGCUGCCAAAGCCGAGACUAAGUUUCCUGAGCCAGAACCCAUGGAGGAAGAACCACCCAUCCCAUACCCGUCAGACAUCGAUAAUUCUGGUGUUAUUGAGCCAGACCAUGACAGUACUCCUCUUCCAAUGGGUGAUCCGAACAAAGAGACCUCUGAUGAAGACCUUGAGAAAGCAAACGAGGCGAGAGAUAAGGCUAUCACCGCAUUUUCAGAAGGAAUGUUUGAUGAUGCUUUAAAACACUUCACUGAAGCCAUUGAAUUAAAUCCUGGCUCGGCUAUGUUGCACGCUAAGAGAGCUAGUGUUCUUCUUAAACUGAAACGUCCAAUGGCAGCAAUUGCUGACUGUGACAAGGCGAUUUCUAUCAAUCCCGACUCCGCUCAAGGGUAUAAGUUUAGAGGCAGAGCCUACCGUCUUCUUGGAAAGUGGGUGGAAGCUCACACAGAUCUCGCUACUGCUUGCAAACUGGAUUAUGAUGACGUAGCAAAUGAAUGGCUUAAAGAAGUCGAACCAAAUGUGAGUGUAACUUUAUGGACUGAAAUUUUUGUGUCAUAUGCUAAUCACACUCGGAAAUGA